AUGCCACCCGUCCGCACAACCAGAUCUCGCUCAGACAAGCGUGACAAGAAAUGCCCCUCCCUCCGCAACAUGUACAUCUCCGUCAGCCGCACCAAGCCCUUCAGCGGCAGAAAAUGGAACAUCCAAAUCUCCGUCCUGCAACGCUGCGAAUGGAGAGGGACCCGACCCGCUCUCGACAAACUUCACUUUGGUCUGCUCGCAGAAGAGAUUGACAGUGGUUUGGGUGUCGACAUCACCGGUCCCCUCGAGGGCGAGGAAGAGGAUUCGGAAGAUGGUGACGCCACCUUCACCUUGGUCUGGCGUAUGUCAGAGUCUGGCAAGUUUGGCCGUGUCUACGACCACAUGUCACUUCAGGCUGUUAUGCAGGACCACAGACGCGCACGCAAGCAUAUCGUGGAGCUUUUCAUCAUGCCAUGGCAAAGUCCGACCUUUGAUCCCAAAAAUCUUUCGAAGGAAGUGCCCUGCUACACUUUCAAACCGGAAGAACAUUGA